AUGACAACAUCAUCAAUUAAUGUAGGUAUUGAUAAUUGUAUUGUUUCAAAUUCUGAAGAAAUACCUAUUCGUAAUAAUAAUUCAAUAAAUCGAUUAGAAAAUGGAAUAUUAUCAACAAAUAAUCGAAUAUCAACAUUAACAAAUGAUAAUAAUCAAACAACAUGGAUUAAUUCAUUUGUUGAAUAUGAUAGAAUAUUAUCUGGUAGUUUACUUCAUUUAUUUUAUCGUUUAUUUGAUAUAAUUAUUUUAUUAAUUGGUAUAACAUCAACUAAACAUAUAUGUUAUAGAUCAAAUCGUUUAGUUAUUACAUCAAUAUGUUUAUUAAUAUUUUAUUUUAUUGAUUUAACAAUAAUAAUUUAUUUUUUUUUACAUAAUAAAUCAUCAAAUUAUAGAAGAUUAAGUGAAGAAGAAAAAAAUGAAAGACUUCGACGUGUUUCAGCUUUACGUGGUUUUUUUAUUUUUUUAAAAAUAAUUCCUGUUUGUGUUGGAACAGCUUAUACAUUAACAUCUAAAUUACCUGAAACAAAUAAUUGUGAAUUAAUAAGAUUUUCUCUUGGAAUUGUUUGCAUAAGUACAUUAUUAAUAAUGGUUAUACCACCAACAAAACCUGAAUUACCUACAAGACGUUCAUUACUUGUUGAAUUUUUUAUUCUUUUCUGGAUAUUAAUUAUUAAUUCAACAUAUAUUGCUACAAUUGGAUCAUCUAUGAAAAAUAUUGAUGAACCAUCAUGUAUAUAUAAUAAUUCAAAAGAUAUUUAUUUAGGUGCACCUUUAAAAACUUAUGCUUAUACAGGUUGUAUUUUAUUUGCUUGUACAACAUUAUUACAUAUUAUUCAUUUAUUAAUAAGUCAAUUAUGUUAUCGUUUAACAAAUGGACGUCAAUUAUAUAUAUAUUAUUAUGGUUUACAAUAUUUUUUAAAUUAUUUUGGUGCACUUAUUGUUGUUUAUUAUUUUUCAGUCGGAGCUUUAUUUUUAUUUCAACCACGUUCAGGUCAAUCAUGUCGACAACAUGCACCUUAUUUAUAUAAAACUUUAUUAGUAUGGCAAUGGAUACGAAUAUUAUUUCCAUUACUUAUUGUACCAUUAAUAUUAAUAUUAUGUUGUUUAGGAGUUUUUUUUGGAAUUAUUUUAAGUUAUUGUUUACCAGCAUCAAUAACUGUUCCAAUACUUGAAUUAAUUCGAGGUUGGGUAGCAGCUUCACCUGUUCCAAUUAAUCAAAAUCCUCCAGCAACACAAGAAAAUAUAGAUGCAUUACCAGUUAUUUUAUUUGGUCAAGAACCUGAUCAAUUUAAUCAAACUGAAUGUGCUAUUUGUCGAACAAACUUUGAAGCUAAUGAACCUGUUAAAAAACUUGAAUGUGCACAUUUAUUUCAUUCUGAAUGUGUUGCUAAUUGGUUACUAAUAACACGUAUAUGUCCUGUAUGCCGUCGACGUAUGUCAUCGACAAACUAG